ACUUCAAACCAGCAUCCUUUGCUCUCUUGAACCCUUCUUUAAGCUUUCCUUCUUGUCUCCAAGAUGUCUCCUAAUGCUAUUGUCUCCAACCCGGCGGCCGUGCAAGCGCCAAAGAAUGCAUACGUCACGUUCUUGGCCGGAAACGGAGACUACGUGAAAGGGGUGGUGGGUUUGGUCAAGGGUUUAAGGAAGGCCAAAUCCGAGUACCCUCUCGUGGUGGCUGUUCUCCCUGAUGUUCCCCAACACCACCGCCAGAUUCUUGAGUCUCAAGGCUGUAUUGUCCGUGAGAUCCAGCCGGUGCAUCCACCGGAGAACCAAACCCAGUUCGCCAUGGCUUAUUAUGUUAUCAACUACUCAAAACUUCGCAUUUGGGAGUUUGUGGAGUACGACAGGAUGGUAUACUUGGAUGGUGAUAUCCAAGUGUUCGACAAUAUUGAUCACCUCUUUGACUUGCCAACGGGGUAUUUCUACGCUGUGAUGGACUGUUUCUGCGAGAAAACAUGGUCGCAGUCGCCGCAGUACAAGAUCGGCUACUGCCAGCAGUGCCCGGACAAAGUCCAGUGGCCUAUUGAAAUGGGUUCACCGCCGCCACUCUACUUCAACGCCGGUAUGUUCGUGUUCGAACCUGAUCUCUUAACUUAUUCCAGUCUCCUGGAAACCCUAAAAGUCACCCCUCCUACUUCAUUUGCUGAGCAGGAUUUCCUGAAUAUGUUCUUCAGGAAGAUUUACAAACCGAUCCCUUCAGUUUACAAUCUUGUUUUGGCCAUGCUCUGGCGCCAUCCUGAAAAUAUAGACGUUGACAAAGUUAAGGUUGUUCACUAUUGCGCUGCGGGAUCGAAGCCAUGGAGGUACACAGGGAAGGAAGAGAACAUGGAGAGGGAAGAUAUAAAGCUUCUGGUGAAGAAAUGGAGAGAUAUUUAUGAGGACGAGUCCCUAGACUACAAGAACGUGGUCAAGGCUGAAUCUGGUGACCUUGUUCCUUUGAUCUCGGAAUUUAGUAAAGAUGGUGUGGUUCAUGCUGAUCUUCACCAAAGGAAUGCUCCAUCUGCAGCUUGAACAUUGGACCGUUACGCGUUAUUAUAUGUAAUAUGGGAUUUAAGUACUUGAAGGUUUUUGUUUUAAUUUUGUUUUUUGCCCUUUUUUUUUUUUUUUUUAAGGUCAGUAGUUUGAGCGUUUAAUUAGAUAAGGCUCUUGAAGGAUGUGUUGGAAUUAUGGGAUUAUAUAUGACGAUUUCCCGUUAUCGACCUCCUUCAAUAUAUAUUAAUUGGAAAUAAAACAAGUGCUUUUUC